AUGAAGCUCCUACCAGCCCUGCUGCUCCUCACAGCUCUCACUCUCUCAGGUGUUCAGGGUGAGAUCGUCCUGACAGAAUCUGAAGCGGUGGUAAAGAGACCAGGAGACUCACACACAUUGACCUGUACAGCCUCUGGGUUCACACUCAGCAGCAACUGGAUGGGCUGGAUCAGACAGGCUCCUGGGAAGGUACUGGAGUGGUUGGGAUCUCAGUAUAACAGCUCGAGUUAUUAUGCCCAGUCUGUUCAGGGAAGAUUCACCAUCUCCAGAGACGACUCCAACAGCAAGCUGUAUUUACAGAUGAGCAGCCUGACAGCUGAAGACACUGCUGUGUAUUACUGUAGGGGGAGAACAGAGAAUUUCCAUGAGGGGGAAAUUAAAAGACCAGUACCACCGCCACGGCCGGAAGGCCGGGGAGUGUGCGAGAAGGAGAAGGAGGAUGAGAGGGCAGCGGGAGUGGCGGUGUUGUCAGGUGUUCAGUGUGAGAUUGUCCUGACAGAAUCUGAAGCGGUGGUAAAGAGACCUGGAGACUCUCACACACUGAACUGUACAGCCUCUGGGUUCACAUUCAGCAGCUACUGGAUGGGCUGGAGCAGACAGGCUCCUGGCAGGGGACUGGAGUGGUUGGGAUAUCAGCAUAGCAGCACUAGAUAUUAUGCCCUGUCUGUUCAAGGAAGAUUCACCAUCUCCAGAGACGACUCCAACAGCAAGCUGUAUUUACAGAUGAACAGCCUGACAGCUGAAGACACUGCUGUGUAUUAU